GACGUUGUGAAGGCAGCUCUGACUGAGCCGUUACUCAAGAGGCGGACACACACACACACACACACACACACACACUCCGCAUCACUCAUUAACGCAGCGAGCCCGUUGAAGGAAGUCGUCACCUCUUUUUCAGCCGACGUUUCCAAGUGUCACACGGAUGAUAAGAAAUACGGCAGGUUGAUUUCGGACGGACCACCCUCGACCCCCCCCUCUGUGACCGCGGAGGGGUUCCCAUCCCUCCCGAGCCGUCAUCAGCUGCUGGUGUUUGCAGCGAGACGUUAGCGGCUAACCGGCUAACGCUAGCAGGAGACCAGGUUUGUGUUUCAGGACUGAACAAGUCGAGUCGCUUCGUCUCCAGGAAGAAGAUAAAACGGUGUGAAGAAGAGAGACAGUCUCUUUGGGCAGAUAUUCCAAUGCCUGUUCGACAUCUUUGAAUCACAAUGAUGAUCAAGGCGCUGCCCUUCGACUCUACACCUGAACUCUCCCAGCUGUGAUGAGAAUGCAGCGCUGACUCUGGAGGAAACACAAAUCCUGGACGCCCUGACGUGCGGGGACGCGAUCGGUCCAAGAUGGAGAAAAAGAAAAUGUGCCCCCGUCUUCUGGACUACUUGGUGGUGGUCGGCGCCAGGCAACCGAGUAGUGACAGCGUGGCUCAGACGCCUCAGCUCCUCCGCCGCUACCCGCUGGAGGACCACCACGACUUCCCGCUCCCGCCGGACGUGGUGUUCUUCUGCCAGCCGGAGGGCUGCCUGAGCAUACGGCAGCGACGGGUCAGCCUCCGCGACGACUCCUCGUUCGUCUUCACGCUGACGGACAAGGACUCGGGGAUAACCCGCUACGGAAUCUGCGUCAACUUCUACCGCUCUUUCCAGCGCGGGCACCACCGCGCCCGCGGAGACAAGAGCGGCCACGCGGCGCAGGCCGCCGAGGCCAACAGCGACGCGUCGGACGGCGGGCCGCCGCCGCCAAACAACGCCGCGCCGGCGCCCGCCCCCGGGGAAGAGGCCGACGGCAAGUCGCCGCAGCGCAGGCGGAGCGCUGCCAAGACGGCGGCCAGGAACCGCAACAGCACGCUCACCUCGCUGUGCAUAAUCAGCCACUACCCCUUCAUCUCCACCUUCAGGGAAUGCUUGUACAUUCUGAAGAGGCUGGUGGACUGCUGCAGUCAGAGGCUAACGCAGCAAGCCGGGCUCCCCCGCGCCACCCAGAGGGACACCAUGUGGCGGGUGUUCACCGGGGUGCUGUCGGUGGAGGAGAAGAGCGGCCAGCUGCUGGCCGACCUGCGGGAGAUCGAGUCCUGGGUGUACCGGAUGCUUCGCUCCCCGGUGCCGCUGGCCGGUCAGAGGCGCGUGGACGUGGAGGUCCUGCCCCACGAGCUCAAGCGGGCCCUCACCUUCGCCCUGCCGGACAACUCUCGCUUCUCCAUGGUCGACUUCCCCCUGCACCUGCCCCUCGAGCUGCUGGGCGUGGACGCCUGCCUCCAGGUCCUCAGCUGCAUCCUGCUGGAGCACAAGGUCAUUCUUCAGUCCAGAGAUUACAAUGCUUUGUCGAUGAGCGUCAUGGCCUUUGUUGCCAUGAUCUACCCUCUGGAAUACAUGUUCCCCGUCAUCCCCUUGCUCCCAACCUGCAUGGCCUCUGCCGAGCAGCUCCUCCUCGCCCCCACCCCUUACAUCAUCGGCGUGCCAGCCAGCUUCUUCCUCUACAAAGCUGAUUUCAAAAUGCCGGACGACUUGUGGCUGGUGGACCUGGACAGCAGCAAGGUCAUAGCACCAACCAAUGCAGAGAUUCUACCACCUCUUCCGGAGCCCGAGGCGGGCGAGCUGAAGAAGCACCUGAAGCAGUGUCUGGUUAGGUUGACCGUGAUCACCCAAAAGCAGAUCUUCUCCUCUGAAAAUAAGGCCUUGGCCAGCAUGAGUUUGAACACCCAACCCAUCCUGAACCUGGAGAAGUUCCACGAAGGUCACGAGCUGCCGCUGCUCCCACCCGGCCGGGAGAAGGCCUCGCCCUCCUCCACCGAGUUCAACCCGCUCAUCUACGGCAACGACGUCGACUCGGUGGACGUCGCCACCAGGGUGGCCAUGGUUCGCUUCUUCAACUCCCCGAAUGUGCUCCAGGGGUUCCAGAUGCACACUCGCACCUUGCGCCUCUUCCCCCGGCCCGUGGUGGCCUUCCAGUGCACCUCCUUCCUGGCGUCUCGGCCGCGGCGCUCCUGCUUCGCGGACAAACUGUCUCACACGCAGGCCGUGGAGUUCUAUGGGGAGUGGGCCCUGAAUCCCUCCAACCUCGCCUUCCAGCGGAUACACAACAAUGUGUUCGACCCCUCCCUGAUCGGAGACAAGCCCAAGUGGUACGCGCACCAGUUACAGCCGGUGGUCUACCGAGUGUACGACGGGAGCUCCCAGCUGGUGGAAGCCAUGGCCGGCCCCCUGGAGGACGAGGGCAACGAGUCGGACCCCACGGACAGCGGCAGUGACAGCGAGGCGUACGACGACUCCAGCUCGUCCUACUCCUCCCUCGGAGACCUCGUGAGUGAGAUGAUCCAAGGGGACAUCCAGGGAGACACGCCGAGCUUGGACCCGCCCACUCACGCUGCACUGGGAGACGCUAGCGAGGUAGAGUUUCAGGACCUCCACGACCUCGGCGCCGACGGGGUCUCCGAGGGCCCGCCGGGCGGGGACCUGCCCGCCGACCCCUCCGACGCACAGCCUCUUCGCUCGAGCUCCAGCACGACGGCGAGCUCCAGUCCCAGCACGGUCAUCCAGGGGGUCAACCAAGAGCAAGGGGUGGCACCCGAACUCGAAGCGUCAGCAGGUGCCGCGUUGCAGGUCCCGGUCUCCGGAUCGGGCGCCGCGCCCCCCCCCCUCCGGCCGGCGGUGGCUGGCGGCGUGGCGGACCCCGUGAACAAAAAGCAAGAGUACGACAACCCGUACUUUGAGCCUCAGUAUGGCUUCCCCUCAGAGGAUGACCCCGAUGCGGAAGAGCAAGUGGAGUCAUACACCCCUCGAUUCAACCAGAACCUCAAUGGCAACAAGGCUCAGCGGCCUCUGCGUCCCUGCAGCCUGAGGCUGCCCGGAGAAUCCGACGGCGAGGGCGACUCCCGCAACAGCUCGCCAAACUCCACCAUCUCCAACAGCAGCAACGACGGAUUCGGAGGACUCAUGUCGUUUGCCAGCAAUCUGUACAAGAACCACGGCACCAGCUUCAGUCUGUCCAACCUGGCGCUUCCCAACAAGGCCGCGAGGGAGAAAACUCCGUUCCCCAGUUUGAAAGGCGCCCGUGCGCCUCGAGCCCUUGUGGACCAGAAGUCUUCGGUGAUCAAGCACAGUCCGACGGUGAAGAGGGAAUCGCCUUCUCCUCAGGGCCGAGUCAACAACACCAGUGAGAACCAGCAGUUCCUGAAGGAAGUGGUGCAGAGCGUCCUGGACGGUCAGGGGGUCGGCUGGCUCAACAUGAAAAAAGUGCGCCGCCUGCUGGAGAACGAGCAGCUCCGCGUCUUUGUGCUGAGUAAGCUGAACCGAGCCAUCGAGUCGGAGGAAGACGCCCGACAGGAGAUCAUACGCGAUGUGGAGGUGAGCAGGAAGGUGUACAAAGGCAUGCUGGACAUCUUGAAGUGCACCGUGUCCAGCCUGGAGCACUCUUACACCAACGCGGGCCUCGGAGGGAUGGCCAGUGUCUUCAGCCUCAUGGAAAUAGCACGCACUCACUACCAGACCAAAGUAGACCCAGAAAAACGCAAGCGAAGCCCCACAGAAAGUGCCGGCAGCCCGGGGAGCAAAGAGAGUCCUUCUGCUCACGUGGACGCCGUCAGGACUCAAGGCCUCCUGAACGUUCCUCACCUGCAGGUCCCGCACCACGCCACGGGCCGCGGCGCACGCCACUUUGACACGCGGAGUCUGAACGAGGAGAACUUUAUUGCCUCGAUCGAAUUGUGGAGCAAGCACCGGGAUAAGCAAAAAGCUAUGGAAAAACCACAGAGGUCCGACGGGGUGAAGCAGCAGCAGCAGCAGCAGCAGCAGCAGCAGCGCCCCCCGGUGGCCGACGCCGAGGAGAAGAAAUCCCAGAUCAGCGCCGACAGCGGCCUCGGCGUGACGUCUGGAUCCCAGAAGAGUGACACAGAGUCGGUAACGAGCUCGGAGCCCCCAAUCCUGACGAGAAGCACCAGCCAGGACUCUGAGGCCAGCACAGUGAUCAGCAACAGCUCCGGAGAGACGCUGGGGGCCGACAGCGACCUGAGCAGCACGGCCGGGGACGGCCUCGGGGGCCGAGUCGGCGCCCAUCUGACGCAGUCCAGGGGAACCCUCUCCGACAGCGAGAUCGAAACCAACCCGGCCACCAGCGCCGUUUUCGGGAAGCCCCACAACCUGAAGCCCACAGCCGCCAAAGAGCCCGCGCCGGCGAUGGCGAGGGGGGCGCCGGCGCAGCCCGCCGAGGACAUCAGCAUGAGGAUCUACCUGUGCGACGGCCUGCUGGGCCGCGAUAAGAGCUCCGUUUGGGAUCAACUCGAGGACGCUGCCAUGGAAACCUUUUCUCUAAGCAAGGAGCGCUCCACCCUGUGGGACCAGCUGCAGUUCUGGGAGGACGCCUACCUGGACGCCGUGAUGUUGGAGCGCGAGGGCAUGGGCAUGGACCAGGGACCUCAGGAGAUGAUCGAAAGGUACUUGUCUCUGGGCGAACACGACCGCAAGCGGCUGGAGGACGACGAGGACCGGCUCCUGGCGACGCUGCUGCACAACAUGAUCGCCUUCAUGCUGAUGGUGAAAUUGAACAAAAACGACAUCAAGAAGAAAGUGAGGCGUCUGAUGGGGAAGUCCCACAUCGGCCUCGCGUACAGCCAAGAGAUCAACGAGACGCUGGACAAGCUGGCCGACAUGAACGGGCGCGAGCUUCCCAUCAGGCCCAGCGGCAGCCGCCACAUCAAGAAGCAGACGUUUGUGGUGCACGCGGGCACCGACACCACGGGGGACAUCUUCUUCAUGGAGGUGUGUGACGACUGCAUCGUCCUGCGCAGCAACAUCGGCACGGUGUACGAGCGCUGGUGGUACGAGAAGCUCAUCAACAUGACCUACUGCCCCAAGACCAAGGUGCUGUGUCUGUGGAGACGCAACGGCCAGGAGACGCAGCUCAACAAGUUCUAUACCAAAAAGUGUCGCGAGCUGUACUACUGCGUGAAGGACAGCAUGGAGCGAGCUGCAGCCAGGCAGCAGAGCAUCAAACCAGGUCCCGAGCUGGGCGGAGAGUUUCCCGUCCAGGACAUGAAGACCGGUGAAGGUGGACUGCUGCAGGUCACUCUGGAGGGAAUCAACCUGAAAUUCAUGCACAGCCAGGUUUUCAUAGAGCUGAGUCACAUUAAAAAGUGCAAUACAGUGAAGGGAGUCUUUGUCCUGGAGGAAUUUGUUCCUGAAACUAAAGAAGUGGUGAUCCACAAGUACAAGACCCCCAUGGCACAUCAGAUCUGCUACUCCGUCCUCUGCCUCUUCUCCUACGUGGCGGCUGUGAAGGGGAAGGAGGCGGAAGGAAAACCCAAGAUCCCGUCCCCGAGAACCCUCCAUAGCUAGUGUCCCCCCCCCGCCCCCCCCUCGUGCCUCUCUACUCGGCUCUAAAGACCAGAGACUUCUGACAAUCCCCAACUCUACUCGAAGCACAUAACCCCCCCCCCCCCGCCACCGUGUGUACAUACAAGCCUGACCACGCCCCCCCUUUAUAGAGCCCUGUCGUGUAGACGUGUUUAGUCCGUGACGUCGUGUAAAUACUUCCAGCCCCUCAUCGCUAAACGUUUGCCUGCUACUGCCCCCCCCCCCCCCCCUCAAGACUUCUGUCGUUCCUGCUGAGGCCCGACCGCUCUCAGUGCGCGCAGGUCCCGUGCACAGCCUCGACCCCCCCCCCCCUUUGUGAGUUGUUCUGUGGUUUGUGGUAACCGUAGAGAUGAAUCUGGUGAAAAGCAUCCAGGGAGCCUCUUGUAGUGUCGGCUCGUCCCGCGCUGAAAAAAUAAAGAACUGCGCGUGUCCACUGAAGCACACGUGCGCAUGUGACCCCCCCCCCCCCCACGAUGUGAGUGUCCUCAGAUGUGUCCUCUCGCCCCCCCCUCGAUGGCUGUUCUAGUUCUACUGUAAAACUUCUUGUCUGUGGUCCGCUGUUAUCAAUUGCAUGUUACUAUGACGAUGAAAAUAAAUAUUAUAUAUAUUUCUAUAUAUAGUAUUUAUUUAAUAUAUAUAUACAUAUUCUGACUGUACAUUUCUCUGAAAAAGACAAUGAUGUUACAUUUGCUAGAUGUGCAAUACUUGAUGGGUAGUGAGCCGCAGGGGGAGGAACCGUUUUCUAAAGUUAAAACGUGUCACAUGGGUGAGGAACCCGCUGCUGGCCCCGCCCCCAACCAGUUACGCCAGUAAGACACUCAUUAAGCCCGAAAUAAUCAUUCAAAGUUUAACGAGAAGCGAAGCGGAAAAAAAAGAUCAUUUGUAGCUGGAAAUUAAAAAUGUUAAAAGCUCCGAAUGUGAUCCGUAGUUUGAUCAUUAAACAAACCCCUAAUUCAGCGGAUUUUAUAACAUUUCUGUCUGAUCAACAGAGCUAAGAUCCAAAGUAUUUAUAAUGAUCAGGUCUUCUGACACACAAUCUGGUUUCACUUCAUCGUAAACUCCAUAAAAAAAAUACAAAAACAUCCACAGGGGUAUAAAAGCAGCAGCAGGUUUCCAUCCAGGGAUCAAACACACGAGAGUCUCAGUGGUUCUGCUCCGUGAAAGUAAACAACAGUUGAAUCUGGUCCGUUAACUUUCACUGUGUGUGUGUCCGGAUCAGCAAUAUAUCGGUACAGCUCAGAUGUUUGUUUCUUUUCCUUGUUUUUUUAUUCUGACGCUUGUAUUUUUAGUGAUUUUAACUGUGCAAAGGAAAACGAUCAGAAGAUGUUGUUCCACUAAUGAAUAUAAUGUAGAAACAAGAGCAAACUGGCAUCUCUACAGUCGGUUCUGAGCGGGACACCGUUCAAAGUGUUUUACUUCAUUGGAGUACUGCGAGUACUACUACUACUACUACUCGCGUGUCGUCGUACCGUGAGCUGAGGUUCUGGGAGGUUCUGGGUGUAAGUAUUCCAGCGUUGGGAAGAAAAAGUAUUUAUAGAAAAUGUACAGCUUUGGCAAUAUAAUAAAAGUGAUCGCAAGUGAG